AUGCACAGAACCUACUCUUUGAGAGCCCAAAGGGCGCCAACUGCCUCCCAAUUAGCGAGCCCCGCUCCCCCUCCCUCAUCCACCAGGUCUAAAUUCUUCGGUAAGGCCUCCAUCGCCACCUCUUUCCGCAAGAACGCAGCUGGUAACUUCGGCCCUGAUUUGGCCAGGAAGCUGUCACAGCUCGUCAAGACCGAAAAGGGUGUUUUGAGAGCUUUGGAAGUUGUCGCCAUGGAGCGUCGUGCCGCUGCCAAACAAUUGUCUCUAUGGGGUCUGGACAACGACGACGACGUUUCGGAUGUCACCGACAAGCUCGGAGUUCUCAUCUACGAAUUGGGUGAGCUACAAGACCAGUUCAUCGACAAGUACGACCAGUACCGUUUGACUCUAAAGGGCGUCAGAAACAUUGAAGCCUCUGUGCAGCCUUCUAGAGACCGUAAGCAGAAAAUUACGGAUGAAAUUGCCCGUUUGAAGUACAAGGAGCCAACCUCUCCUAAGAUUCCCGUGUUGGAACAAGAGCUUGUUCGUGCUGAGGCCGAGUCUUUGGUUGCUGAAGCUCAACUUUCAAACAUCACCCGUGAAAAACUAAAGGCUGCUUUCAACUACCAGUUCGACUCUAUUCGCGAAUUGGCCGAAAAAUUCGCCCUCAUCGCUGGAUACGGUAAGGCACUACUGGAAUUGCUAGACGACUCUCCAGUUACCCCUGGCGAGACCAGAUUGGCCUACGAUGGUUAUGACGCCUCCAGACAGAUUAUCAUGGAUGCUGAAACGGCUUUGGAAGGCUGGACCUUGGACGCUGCUGUUGUCAAGCCAAGCUUGUCUUUCCACCAAACUGUUGACGAUGUCUACGAAGACGAAGUCGAGGGUGAGGAGGAAGCUGCUGCCGCUGAAGAAGAAUGGGCCGGCGAACACGAUGGUGGUGAGGAAGAAGUCGAAGCUGCUCCAAGAGUUUAA